CUGUCCCAUGCAUAUAUGCAGUAACUAAACUAACUCUGCAGGCUUCAAAUGGACUCAAGUGCCCCACACUGCAUUCUUAACCCUUCAACUUUCUACCCAAUGCACUAUCAGAUGAAGGAUGACAAUGGUGGGAAUGGGAUUGAUCUGGAUCUCAGCCUAAGCACCCAGCAGCCCCAACCUCAUUAUUGCUAUCCCUAUAGCCAUUUAGUAAGAUACGAAGAUUACGCUGAGAAUGAGAUAGAGGAGGGAGUCCAAAGCAAAGAGAGGUGGGUGUACGUGAAGGUGAACAUGGAAGGGGUCAUUAUUGGUCGCAAAGUCUGCAUUCUGGAUCACUCUAAUUAUUCAAGCCUUGCUUUUCAACUGGAGGACAUGUUUGGUAGACAGUAUUCAUUAUCUGGGCUACGGCUGUUCCAGGCAGGCUCUGAGUUCACCUUGUUUUAUAAGGACAGAGAUGACAGUUGGAGGGCCGUUGGUGACAUCCCAUGGAAAUUUGGAAAAGGUGGUUCUCAGGCUUUUGAGAUUCAAAGUUGAAAUUUGACAGUGGCCAGAUUUUCCCCCUGUGGGUUACAAACAGGAAGAUGACGGUUUCUUCAAUGUCUUGCACCAAGAGCCAUGAGACAAAAGUACUUUUUUGUGUUGUUUUUUGUUUUUUUUUUUCAAAGCAAUCAAGUGUUUUUUUAUGAUAUUUAAAUGAAUAAAGUUUUAAAUUUUGAUGUUAAA